AUCAACAUAUAUUUCUUAAGAAGGAGAGGAUUUGAAAGUGCCAUGGCAUCUGGACCAUCAGACGGCGAAAUCAGAGACACCGUAAGGAAGCGACUGAAUGCUGAAAAGAUAAAACUCUGGCUGCCACCUUACACAUUGGAAAAUGGACAGAGAGGGGAAAUGCCAGUGGACCUUGUUACAAAAAUCUCAUCAGAUUUGAACAUCCCUAAUGAAAUAGUGUGUGCAACCCUGGAAGAACUCAGACAGCAUGCAGUGGACAAGCUUGCAGCUCGUAAGAAGUUCCAAGAAGAUGGCAUUGCCAAUUUGAAGAUCAAGUUGACUGGUAGUAUCCCUACCAGUGUCAGUAAGACAUGUUUCAGUGUAGAUUCAAAGCUUGAUAUCAGCAGCACAGCCCUGAAGCAAAUGAUAAGUGAUCAAUCAUCUCUUGGUGUGGAGUAUAUAAAGCUGAUCAGCUGCGGUCAAGUGUUAGACGACACCAAAACCCUCCAGGAAUUGGGGCUAGGACAGCAUUCACAGGUAAUGGUGAUUUGCUUAUCAGAGAGUGAAGUUGAAGCCAGGAAACAUGACGAACAGAGACACCGUCUGGAAAGGACCAAGGAAGCAGCUAAGAUUCUUGCCACUAGAAACUCAGAAGACCGCAUAGGUCAAGAAGAUGACCGCUACUUCCUCCAGAUCGCUGACCACACUGGACGAGCGAUAAAGCUGCCCGAUGAAGAAAGGCAAGCGCUCUCUGUUGCAUUGACCUUGAACGAGAAGGGACGAGCUUGCCUGAAGAGGAAACAACAUGGCGAAGCUUUGCUCAUUCUUCUGGAAGCUGACCAUGCUUUUAGGCAAUGUCGAUCAGAGAUCCUGCAGGCCGUGGAUAACUAUGCCGUGCUGUGUUUGGAUAUCGUCUGGUGUUAUCUGACUCUUCAAAAUGUUGAACAGCUUCCAGAUGCAGAGUCAAGACUGAAGAUGUGCGAGGACUGCUUCAACCGUAGCUAUGGUGAAAAUAUGGAGAGAUUGAUGGCACUGAAAGGAGAUAAUAGCAGAGAACUGGCUCUCUAUGUGAGGCUCUACUUAUUACAGGGCAUUGUUUCUGUUCUAAAGAACAACUUACAGCAUGGCAAGGGUCUUCUUGAAAAAGCAGAGCGGAUACUCAAUUCCCUUCAAGUGGAUGAGACUAAACUAAUGCAGCUGAUGUCGAUGGGUUACGAGAUGUCCGAGGCUCGGCUCGGACUUAGAGCAGCGGCAGGAAACGUGUCCCAUGCCAUCACAAAAAUCCUAGAACGGAGAGACAGAAGGAAGGAGAUAGCAGAGAAGGAGAAGGAAGAACGGAGGCAGAAGAAAGCGCAGAGGAAUCUUGGAAAAACUGCCGAUGGAAGCUGGUGAGUUUCUUUCAUGCUUUGUUUUUUUUAGUUUUCUGAUUUAAAAAAAAACUGGAGGGCUAAAUCGUCCUCAGCGGCUUAGCCUAGAUGUAUUUUUUGGGGUUUUUUACACAAAAGGAAACUGGGUGAUUUUAUCUGCUGUUCAGAUUAUGAAUCCCUUUUUUUUUUCAAUUUCUAGAAGAGAAUGUCACUAACAAUUAUUCAAGGGAUGGAAACCUACAACUCUUCAAUAGGAUUGAUGUGAUUUCUUUGUUUGGCUGUUAUUAGGCAUUAAUUGCUCUGUGAGGAAAAGUUGUUACAGAAUUGGAAGGUUGUGCUAAAUAUGCAGGAAAAAAAAUAUGGCAAAGUGUAGUGCAAAGCUGUAGAUUUUAUCCAUUUAAGUUUGUGUGAUAGAAGUGAAGCAAAUAAAAUAGUUCUUCCUGUCUUCCUUCCUGUUUUUCUCUGUACAUAAAUACCUGUGGAAUAACAACGUCCUGGUCUUGAGGCUGGUGACAACGCACAAAAAGCCUAUUUUGCAAAGCCUAAUAAUUGGAGCUAUUCUUUCAACAAAAAUGCAUAAAGCUUCAUUUCUGUGUCAAGUAGUGUAUAAGCUUUGGUUUGGUUUAUGAUUUUUCUUUCACUUUUAGAUCCAGUCUGGGUCUUAACUGAAAAUACAGCAUUUCUAUUUUUUCAAUCUAUUCAAAUCAACUUUUUGUUGGGGUUAACCCUGGGAGGCUACUGUCACUGAAAGGUGGAAAACAUGCUCGAACAUGGACUUUCAAAAAAGGAAUCUAAUCAAGUAUUAUCCUUUGAUCUCAGAGUUCCCUUAUUUUUUAUUUUGUCACUUUUUCACUACCCUAAAUAGUGCCUCAAUAUUCAAUUAUCAUGAUAGGGUUGUAAAUUAGACCCCCCCCCCCCAAUUUUGACACCCUUUUCACAAAACCAACAGGCCAUGAAAAACAACCCUCUUUAUCUGCUUUCGUGUAUGAGCAUAUCGUCUACCUUGUAAUGGCAGUGUCCCCCCACCUUUAAAACGCCCACUCAUCUGUUUUUUUCCUCUCAUGCAGUGGUGUUUAGUACAGGUAAGUUUGGAUUAAUAUUUGAACAUUUGCAAGCCAUUAUGCAAUUAUGGACAACUAUUGUUCCAAAAACUUAUUUUGGAUUAUAUCGUGCAAUGUUCAAUAUUCAUGCACAUAAGUCAAAAAUUUCCUCUUGAAGUCGAUGCAAAUUUUUUACUAGACUAUGCAAAAUGUGUUUUAAAUAAGCCUCUUCAAAGUCAAGUUUAUCCUACUGUAGUCCCUAAAGAUUUGACUUAGGCAAAGUUACCUUUCAUACUGAAAUGAGAUUGCUGAUGUCAUUGUUGAGGUUACAGUUAUUGUAAUGUUGUUUUGUUCUCAUAAACCAAUAGUUUUGCAUGCAAUUGUUGAAAAUGGCAUGCACCUUAUUUACUGCUAAAAAUAAAUUUGAAAGUGAAUGAAUAAAAUAAAAGCAAGGAUAUGACAAUCUGUUUUGUCUCUUUACUCUGCUUACAUUAAAAAUGCAUUUUACAAGUGUGUUGGAUGCAACUUGGAUGAUACAUGUAUUUAGUGAUGUUUAAUGUUGACUUCAAAAUGUGGGUUGUAUGCAAUGUAAGGUACAAGACAAGGAGGUUGUUUGCUGGAAUUGACAGGUCUAGUGUCAGUCCAUUAUUUAAAGAAAAAACCAAAGUAGUGGUAGAGACGCCUUUUCACAAUAUUAACAGCCAUCAGCACAGCCACCACACACAUUUCAAUAACAUAAGAAAAAACAGUUGCCACUUGAUCUUCCAAUUGUUUUAUUUUUUUAACAAACAGAUGAGAAAUGCAGAUUUUAUUUUCUCUGUCAAUGAAACCUCAUACCCUUUAUUUAGAAUCCUAAUUUAUAGUGUGCCUGUUAUGUAAUGAAAUGCCCACUCACACUAAUGUUUGUUUUUUUUGGCAUACAGUGUAUCCCAUGGCCCAAGUGUGAAAUAAAACCUUUUUGUCUCAUUCUACUCAGUUAAAGGGGGAUUCCCCCUGUUUGCAGACUGCUUCAAACAGGAUAAAAUAAUAAAAUGUUCAUUUUUAUUUUAAUGGUGAUUUGGUGCCAUAAUUGGCGAAUCAAAAGUAACUUCAGUGACAACUUCUUGCAAACGUUUGCAAGAAAAACUGUUUGCAACAAUGAAAACUGUUCACGAACUCUUGCAACCUUUUACAAACCUUGGCAAAAUAUCUUGAGGAUACCCCCUAAAAUCCAGUACCUCUUAUGUCUCACUCAAAUUAUCUUGAACUUGGUCCUACACUUUCUUUUCCUUCUCACAUCAUCCCUAUUUCUACAAGCAUUGAAUUUAGUUUGUCUCGAGCUGAAAUCCUAUAUCCAGACUUGGAGUUUCAGUAGUUUUUAGAGCAAGCCCACUUUUCCAUCUGGCACAUAUGUCUAUAUCAAAUAAAAAAAAUUUCAAAGCAAAAGGAAGGGUGAACCAUUAAAUUUCACUAAUUAAAAUCUCUGCAUAUCGAAACAUCAAUAUUUGUGAUGAAGGGGUAUUUUGUCAUAGUUUGUUGCUACAUACUUCCAACAAAAGCACACAACCUUGUGUCAAUGUGAUCCUUUAUAAUUGUGUUAUUUAUUACAUAAGCAAACCUGAAGCUCGUAAACACUGAUAACCAAGUUCUCAUUCUCUGACAAUUCUCACAGUAAUUUUACAUGCUCCUGAGCUAUGGACGAAACCAAGGAUUUCAUUUCAACUUUUGAGAAACGCGAUAAAAGAAAAAUAUGAACUUAUUUACAGGCAACAAGACAAAGAAAAUGCUUGAUUUGAUAAACUCUUAAAUAUACUCCAGAUGAAUCCAUUUGUGCACCAGUUUGCAAAAUGUCCUAUGUUUUUUUUUUACUAAAUGAAUACAUAGACAUGUUUUGAAAAAUUUGUGUAUUUUAGAGUCAUUUAACCCAAGACAAUCAUCAUUGGAUUUAAAGACAGCUCAAAUAUUCAUACCUGAAUUAACCACACCGUAUAAAUUAAAACAACAUUAUUUUGAAGGGUUGGUUAUAUUAAACAUUUAAAGUCUGUUUGGAGUCUGUGGCAUGUAGGAUAGUAGAGACAUCCUUCCUACAUGAACCACCAAUGACAGACAAGAAAUAGGAACAAAUUACCGGGGUACUAAGAAAUUUCCAGAAAUAGGAACAUUGUUAAAGCUUAAUUCUACAGAAUUGUUUUCACAGGAAUAGGAACACACAGGUUAAAACUUAAAAUGGAAA